AUGAAACUGAGAAAUGGAGAGGCUGGGUACAAGGAAGUAUGUGUUGAACUCAAGAGAUUCCAGGAUGUCUUCACAAUAGAGCAAGGGGAAAUCCCGGAACUAACAGACGUAGUGAUAAGCCAAGCAACCUACGAAGAUUUUGAAGUUAUCACGGAUGAGGUUAAAAGAUAUCUGAUGGAUGUAGACAACUCAGAGGCCGCCCCAAGAACUCAGAGGCCGCCCCAAGAACUUAGAGGUCGCCCCAAGAACUCAGAGGUCGCCCCAAGAACUCAGAGGCCGCCCCAAGAACUCAGAGGCCGCCCCAAGAACUCCGAGGCCGCCCCAAGAACUCCGAGGCCGCCCCAAGAACUCCGAGGCCGCCCCAAGAACUCCGUGGCCGCCCCAAGAACUCCGUGGCCGCCCCAAGAACUCCGAGACCGCCCCAAGAACUCCGAGGUCGCCCCAAGAACUCCGUGGCCGCCCCAAGAACUCCGUGGCCGCCCCAAGAACUCCGAGACCGCCCCAAGAACUCCGAGGUCGCCCCAAGAACUCCGAGGCCGCCCCAAGAACUCCGAGGCCGCCCCAAGAACUCCGAGGCCGCCCCAAGAACUCAGAGGCCGUCCCAAGAACUCAGAGGCCGCCCCAAGAACUCCGAGGCCGCCCCAAGAACUCCGAGGCCGCCCCAAGAACUCCGAGGCCGCCCCAAGAACUCCGAGGCCGCCCCAAGAACUCAGAGGCCGCCCCAAGAACUCCGAGGCCGCCCCAAGACUCCGAGGCCGCUCCAAGAACUCCGAGGCCGCCCCAAGAACUCCGAGGCCGCCCCAAGACUCCGAGGCCGCCCCAAGACUCCGAGGCCGCCCCAAGAACUCCGAGGCCGCCCCAAGACUCCGAGGCCGCCCCAAGAACUCCGAGGUCGCCCCAAGAACUCCGAGGUCGCCCCAAGAACUCCGAGGCCGCCCCAAGAACUCCGAGGCCGCCCCAAUAACUCAGAGGCCGCCCCAAGACUCCGAGGCCGCCCCAAGAACUCCGAGGCCGCCCCAAGACUCCGAGGCCGCCCCAAGAACUCCGAGGCCGCCCCAAGACUCCGAGGCCGCCCCAAGACUCCGAGGCCGCCCCAAGAACUCCGAGGCCGCCCCAAGAACUCAGAGGCCGCCCCAAGAACACAGAGGCCGCCCCAAGAACACAGAGGCCGCCCCAAGAACUCCGAGGCCGCCCAAGAACUCCGAGGCCGCCCCAAGAACUCCGAGGCCGCCCCAAGAACUCCGUGGCCGCCCCAAGAACUCAGAGGCCGCCCCAAGAACUACAAGGCCGCCCCAAGACUCCGAGGCCGCCCCAAGAACUACAAGGCCGCCCCAAGAACUACAAGGCCGCCCCAAGAACUCCGAGGCCGCCCCAAGAACUCCGAGGCCGCCCCAAGAACUACAAGGCCGCGCAAAGAUGUUUUAG